GCGCACUAUCUCUUCGACUCUUCAUGAUAAAUGAUUUUACGGCGUACACCGCGAUGCCAUCAUAAUAUUUCCAUUUUUUUUUUUGUAACUCACCAAAAUCGCCUCUUUUAAUUUUCUCCUGUAAAAAAUUCCAUAAUAUACUUAAGAGAUAACAGAAAAUAAGAAAAUAACGAUAUUUAAAUGUUUUUUUUUUUUUUGACUGGUACGAUAUUUAAAUGUUUGGCAAAACAAAGAAAUACUUUCUUUGUCGUCAGAAUGUGAGAAGAAACUUAUAUAAAGCCUAGGGUUUUUUCACUUGCGAAAUUUCUUCAAUUCUGUUCCCAAUUUCUAGGGUUUUUUUUAGAUUAAUCUUAAACUCUCGCACUAAUUUCUUCAAUGGAGGAGGAAGAUGAUACUAAGCAUUCAGUCGAGAUGGUUCCUCCUGUUGUAGAACAAUCAAUGGCGGAGCCACAUGAAGAGGAAGAACCUCUGUUUUCAGAACAACAAUGCGGCACCGUUUUGAUUGCCGGAGAUUCGCCGGAGAAAACUAUGGAGGAGAGAGAAAACGAGGAAGAAAGUAUCGAAGAGGCGAAAUUAAGGGAUGCAGAAGUGGAAGAAUUGGCACCGGCAGCUGUGAAUGAUGACGGUGAUGUGAAGUUGGAGGAUUCGGAGAUGAAGAAUGAGGAAGUAAUUGAGGAGAUAGAAAGUGAGGGGAAGAAUGUCAAAGAAUCGAAAUCGGAGGAUGUGGAAGGUGAAAUUGCAGGAGGAGAUGUAGAGGAAACUGUAGCCAUGGAUGAUGAUGGCGUAGAAAUGAAAGACGAGGAAGUGAUUGAGGAGGAGGUGUUAUAUGAAAACAAUGGCGAGGAGGGAACUCCGGAGGGAGAAGAAGAGGAGUCUAAGAACGAGGUUGAAUUGGUGGUAGAAGAAAAAGGAGGUGAGGAAGGUGAGAAGGAGGAAGGAGAAGGAGGCGAGGACGGCGAGGAGGAAGAAGUGGUGGGAGGAGAAGGAGGUGAGGAAAUGGAGGAUUCAGAGGCAAGACCAAUUGUGGCAGAAGAUGAGGAAUUAGUGAAAGAGGAACAGACCCCUAUUGCUGACACAGAAAUUGAUACGGAAUCAGAGGUGAUGAAGAGUGGUAGUGGCAGUGGUGGGAAGCGCAGACGUGGUCGGAAUCCUAAGGCAACCACUCCAGUGAAGGCGCCAGCGAGGAAGACUGUAGGUGAAGAUGUUUGCUUUGUAUGCCUUGAUGGCGGGGACCUUGUUCUAUGUGACCGGAGGGGCUGCCCUAAGGCGUAUCAUCCUUCAUGCGUGGAUCACGACGACGAGUUUUUCAAAUCAAAGGGUCGGUGGAAUUGUGGUUGGCACCUCUGCAACCAAUGUGGGAAGAACGCCCACUUUAUGUGUUACACAUGUACAUUUUCAUUGUGCAAGGGAUGCAGUAAAGAUGCAGUUAUAUUUUGUGUUAGAGGAAGCAAAGGUUUUUGUGAGUCCUGCAUGAAAGCUGUCAUGAUGAUUGAAAGUAGUGAACAGAACACAACGGGCCAUGCUGCUUUUGAUGACAAAAGUAGUUGGGAAUAUCUCUUUAAGGAUUACUGGAUCGAACAAAAAGGGAAGUUGGAUAUUUCUCCAGAUGAGCUGGCGCAGGCAAAAAAUCCAUGGAAAGAUUCUGGAGUAACUGAUCGGCGCCAAACACCAGUUGAGUUGCAUGAGGGUAAUAAUGAUGCAGGUACUGAUUCAGACAGCACUCUUCCGACUUUAGAAGUGACUGAUUCAAAAAGGAAGAGGGCUAAGAGGAAGUCAAAACUUGUAGAUUCUGGUACAGACAGCUCUUCAGAGAAGGAAGCAGGCACAGUAAAAAGAAAGUCUAAAAGGAGGUUAAGAUCUCAGGCCAAAGAGGCAUAUUCAGAUUCAGAACAUUCUUCUGAGAACCAAGGCUCAAACAAUAAAAGGGGAAAAAGGGCCAGAAGACUGUCCAAGUCCCGUUCUGCGGAAGGCAAUGUUGAGUGGGCAUCAAAGGAGCUAUUGGAGUUCGUGAUGCACAUGAAAAAUGGGGAUGGAUCUGUUCUUACUCAAUUUGAUGUACAGGGACUCUUGCUAGAAUAUAUAAAAAGAAACAAACUUCGUGAUCCACGGCGGCAGAGCCAAAUACUUUGUGAUUCAAUGCUUCAGAAGCUGUUUGGGAAACCGCGAGUUGGUCACUUUGAAAUGUUGAAGCUGCUCGAAUCACACUUCUUUUUAAAGGAGGAUUCUCAUGCAGAUGAUAUUCAAGGAAGUGUUGUUGAUACUGAAAUUAGCCAAUUGGAUGCUGAUGAUCAUACAGAUUCAUUUCUGGAUUCUGGAAAAAGCAGGGGUAGAAAAUCACGUAAAAGGGGUGAAGAGAGGGGGCAGUCUAACCUUGAUGAUUACGCUGCUAUAGAUAUGCAUAAUAUUACCUUAAUUUACUUGCGCCGAAUUUUAAUGGAGUCUCUCAUGGAAGACUCAGAAAUGUUCCAUGACAAAGUUGUUGGCUCUUUCGUCAGAAUACGAAUCUCUGGCAGCAACCAAAAGCAGGACAUUUAUAGGCUGGUGCAAAUAAUUGGUACAAGCAAGGCGCCUGAACCUUAUAAAGUUGGUAAAAGAACAACUGAUGUCAUGCUGGAGAUCUUGAAUUUGGACAAAACAGAGAUUAUAUCAAUAGAUACUAUAUCCAAUCAGGAAUUUACAGAGGAUGAAUGCAAGCGAUUACGCCAGAGUAUAAAAUGUGGACUUAUCAGUCGGAUGACUGUGGGUGAUGUUCUGGAAAAAGCGAGGGAACUACAGGAAGUCAGAGUGAUUGAGUGGCUGGAAGGAGAGAUAGUGAGGCUUAGUCAUCUUCGUGAUCGAGCUAGUGAAAAAGGGCGUAAAAAAGAGCUCAGAGAAUGUGUGGAGAAAUUGCAGCUUCUGAAGACUCCUGAGGAACGCCAGCGAAGGCUGAAUGAAACUCCAGAAGUUCACGCAGAUCCAAAAAUGGAUCCUAACUGUGAGUCUGACGAUGAAAAUGAAAUGCGUGACAAGAGACAAGGAAGUAACAUGAGACCAAGAGAAGGUGGAUUUUCGAGAAGGGGCAGAGAUCAUUUUUCUUCACGGAGAGGAGGUUCUGGUUCAAAUGAUUCCUGGAGUGCAAAUGCAAGACCCCAAAACAAGAGUUGGGAGUUGGGCAGAAAUUUGUCCAGUAAGGGUUUCUCAGGCAGAAGAGAAGAGACUAAUCUUGCCUCACCGACAAGCGAGUAUAAAUGGAGUAAUGGGGUAGACACGGGGACACCUAGGUCAAAUAGUUGGGAGAAGCCAAAGACUACUCCAGACACUUUUAUCAACAGACGAGCUGAACAUGGUGCAAUGAGAUCAGAGUUGUCUGCGGCAGCUGCAUCAGAAGCUUCACAGCCUUUAUCUUCAGCAGCUGGACAAACUGAUGGGAAAGUCGAUGAGACAGAAAAAACAUGGCAUUACAGAGAUCCAACUGGUAAGGUCCAGGGUCCAUUCUCCAUGGCGCAGCUUCGUAAAUGGAGUAACACAGGAUAUUUUCCCGUUGAUUUGAAAAUUUGGAGAACCUUACAGACCGAAAAUGAUUCUAUUCUUCUAACUGAAGCAUUGGCUGGAAGGUUCCAGAAGGAGUUUCAGUCUGUAGGAUCAAAUUUAGAUGACGGCUCUAAAAUCAGGAACACACCAUCUUCAGUGGACAAUUCUAAACUCUCUAGUGGCAGAAAUGAUUUCUCCAAUCUCCCUUCUCCAACUCCUGCACGAAGCCCAGCUGCCUGGAGUGGAAAGCAAACACCCAGCUCGAUUAAUCAAUUUAGAGGGAACGAACGGCUACCUUCUCCUACCCCUACGUCACCUUCAUCUGGUCCAAGUGGUAUAGACAGGUCAAAUUUAUCCCACCAAUUCAAAGGUGAUCUAGCUGGGAAGAAGCAAGAAAAUGUGGCAACAUCUAUAGGAACAGUUCAGCCUGCUCCUGGUCAGUUUGUCCCCAAUACAGGUAUGCUAAAUGCUCAUCAAGCAUCAUCGCAGUCAGGUUUACCUGUAGCAAACCAGGCAUUUGUUCCCCCUGAUACUGCAAUAAACCAAACUAAUGUGGGGCACAUUGCUUCGGGUGCUGGUCAGGGCUUCUCAAACAUGGUUCAGCCAGGCGUUGGGCAAACCCCCCCUGUCUAUACUCCCAACUGGGGAGCUGGUUAUGUAGCAAGACCUGAUAUGGUGAAUACAAACCUGACACCCAGUAAUCAAAAUGCUUUGCCGGCACAAGUUGCUUAUGGUCAGUGGACUGGUGCUCCUGUGAGCAACCAAGCUCCACCUUAUGCUGCUGGAUAUCCUCCGGGACAAGGAAACCUUGCUGCAAACUUUCCUGCUAUGCCUUUGAACAAUGCGUGGAGACCUUCUCAGACCAACAUGCCUUGGGGUGGGCAGCAGCAGCAGCAGCAACAACAACAACAACAACAACAACAACAGCCAGCAAACCAAAAUGUUGGGUGGACUGGGCCACCAGCAGUUGCUAUGGGCCAAUUGACAAACCCUUCACCAGGAGCACCAUCUAUGACAAAUGGGCCUGCAGCUGUGGGUUGGACAGGCACAGGCCCUAGCCCCCCAGCUGGAAGCACUAACAUGGUUUGGGUUGCUGCACCUGGAAACACAGGUUCGUGGGGAGGUGAUCAGAACCGCAAUGCUGGAGGUGCUCAAUGGAAUAGGCAGUCAUCCUUUGGUAGUGGAGCACAAAGGGUGUGCAAAUUCCAUGAAAAUGGCCAUUGUAGGAAAGGUUCAUCCUGCGAUUUUACGCAUAAUUGAUUUUCACAAUAGUAGUAGAUAGCAUUUUCUCUUGUACAGUCAUUUGCAUCCCAGGAUGGGUAGCAGAUCACUAAUUUAUAGUAUGUCACAUGCUUGAAUAAUUUUUAUUAGCAGCACCCCUAAUUUACUUCCCUCCCCCUUCCCCCCCUAUAUUCACAUCUUUUCCUGUGGUUAUGUUAGUUUCCCAUUCUGUAACAGUGGAUUUUGUAGAGGGUUUUAGAUUUAGCAGUAGUUAAAAUAAUCCGUCAUUACAUGUUUUUGUUUAGGUUUUGUUGAUGGAAGCUGUGCAGAUGUUCUCAUGUUAAAAAAUUAAACAGCAGAAGGAACAUACUUUGGGCCUUUGACACCCUUGCUGCUCGCUCUCUAUUUUAGAGUGAUCAUUUUUUCU